ACUCCUCUUUAAUAUUCUACCGAAAUAUAUCAAUGAGAAAAUCAAUCUUACCUUAAAAUACUCCCUUUAAUUUGCAUAAUUAUCAGAUUUCUAAAUAUUUAAAACAAUAAAAAUUUUAUUCACCGGCGGCCCGUCCGACGCAGGAGAUCGGACCACGUCCGAUGCGAGAGGUCGGACCCCGUCUGACGCCGGCCGGCGGACCCCGUCCGAACGCCGACGUCGGACCGAAGGUCUCCGUCCAUCUCAUUCCGAGGCCUUGCUCCCAUGGCGAUUCCCUCGCCGUAGCCGCCACGCAAAAACAAGAAGCGAUUGAGAGUCGGGAAGCGGAAGAAGAUGGUGGAGGGUGAAUCGCUGCCAGGGAUUGCGGGGAAAAAAGAGGGUGAAUC